AUUGAGUUCAGUAGUGUGGCGCAUCCUCUCGCCGGGCCGGGCGGGUAGAGUUCGGUUGGUUGGUGAGUGAGUACCACUGAUGAGAGAAAGGGCCGAGGAAGUUGCUCGCAUCGAAAGACCUAUUUUUUCUUGUGGAAUAAGAUAAAUAUCGGAGCAGGUUUUCAGUUUUUAUCUCGUGCGGUGAGCCAGAGUGUUGUGCUUCUGGUUUCCAACAGAGAUGUCGCAGAGGAGUGGGCAGGAGGACCCGGAGCGGUACCUCUUUGUGGACCGCGCUGUGGUAUACAACCCAGCUGCGCAGGCGGACUGGACCGCCAAGAGGCUUGUUUGGAUCCCGUCAGAGCGCCAUGGCUUUGAGGCUGCGAGUAUUCGUGAGGAGCGUGGAGAUGAAGUGGUGGUGGUGGAGCUGGCUGAGAACGGGAAGAAGGCGGUGGUCAACAAGGAUGAUAUCCAGAAGAUGAAUCCACCCAAGUUCACUAAAGUAGAAGACAUGGCUGAACUAACCUGCUUGAAUGAGGCGUCUGUGCUUCACAACCUGAAAGACCGGUACUAUUCUGGCCUCAUCUAUACAUACUCCGGCCUCUUCUGUGUGGUCAUCAAUCCCUACAAAAAUCUGCCCAUCUACUCUGAGAACAUUGUUGAGAUGUACCGGGGCAAAAAGAGGCAUGAAAUGCCUCCUCACAUUUAUGCCAUCUCAGAGUCUGCUUACAGAUGCAUGCUGCAAGAUCGAGAGGACCAAUCCAUUCUUUGCACAGGCGAGUCAGGAGCAGGUAAAACGGAAAACACUAAAAAAGUCAUCCAGUACCUGGCCCAUGUUGCUUCCUCACACAAAGGGAGGAGAGAUAACAACAUUCCUCCAGAAUCACCCAAACCAGCCAAACUACAGAGCGGACCCCUGUUUUAUGGUGAACUGGAACGCCAGCUUUUACAAGCCAACCCCAUCCUGGAGUCCUUUGGGAAUGCAAAGACUGUGAAAAAUGACAACUCGUCACGUUUUGGAAAAUUCAUCCGGAUCAACUUUGAUGUCACCGGAUACAUCGUUGGGGCGAACAUUGAAACCUACUUGUUGGAGAAAUCCAGAGCUAUUCGUCAAGCCAAAGAUGAGCGCACCUUCCACGUUUUUUACCAGCUGCUGGCGGGAGCUGGAGAGCACCUGAAAUCGGAUCUGCUUUUAGAAGGCUUCAAUAGCUACCGUUUCUUGUCAAACGGCAACAUCCCAAUUCCAGGCCAACAGGACAAGGACAACUUCCAUGAGACCAUGGAAGCCAUGCACAUCAUGAGCUUUGCCCACGAGGAGAUUCUGGCCAUGUUGAGGGUGGUGUCAUCUGUGCUUCAGUUUGGUAACAUCAUCUUCAAGAAGGAGAGGAACACGGACCAAGCCUCCAUGCCUGAUAACACAGCUGCUCAGAAGCUGUGUCAUCUGCUGGGUAUGAAUGUGAUGGAGUUCACCAGAGCUAUCCUGACUCCCAGAAUCAAAGUGGGAAGAGAUUAUGUCCAGAAAGCACAGACCAAGGAGCAGGCAGACUUUGCUGUCGAGGCCUUGGCUAAAGCAACAUAUGAGCGUCUGUUUCGCUGGCUCGUCCAUCGCAUUAAUAAAGCUCUAGACAGAACCAAACGCCAGGGAGCCUCCUUCAUUGGCAUUUUGGACAUUGCUGGUUUUGAGAUUUUUCAGCUGAACUCCUUUGAGCAGCUUUGCAUCAACUACACCAACGAGAAGCUGCAGCAGCUCUUCAACCACACCAUGUUUGUCCUGGAGCAGGAGGAGUACCAGAGGGAGGGCAUCGAGUGGAGCUUCAUCGACUUUGGCCUCGACCUGCAGCCCUGCAUCGACCUUAUCGAGAGGCCGGCUAACCCUCCAGGAGUGUUGGCUCUGCUGGACGAGGAGUGCUGGUUCCCUAAAGCCACAGAUAAGACCUUUGUAGACAAGCUGAUCCAGGAGCAGGGCACUCACACCAAGUUUCAGAGGCCACGCCAGCUCAAAGAUAAGGCUGACUUCUGCAUCAUCCACUACGCCGGCAGGGUCGACUACAAAGCUGAUGAGUGGCUGAUGAAGAACAUGGACCCUCUAAAUGACAACGUGGCCACUCUUCUGCAUCAAUCCACCGAUAAGUUUGUGGCUGAACUGUGGAAAGAUGAGAUUCACACCACUCAAAGGGCCUCAUUCUAUGACAAUGUCACAUGUCUGGAUGAGCCAGAAGUGGACCGCAUCGUGGGCCUGGACCAGGUGGCGGGCAUGAACGAGACAGCAUUUGGUGCCACCUACAAAACCAAAAAGGGCAUGUUUCGUACAGUGGGCCAGCUGUACAAAGAGUCACUCACCAAGCUCAUGGCCACACUGAGGAACACCAACCCCAACUUUGUUCGCUGCAUCAUCCCCAACCAUGAAAAAAGAGCAGGAAAGCUGGAGCCUCACCUGGUUCUGGACCAGCUCAGGUGUAACGGGGUCCUGGAGGGGAUCCGUAUCUGUAGACAGGGCUUCCCCAACCGCAUCGUCUUUCAGGAGUUCAGACAGAGAUAUGAGAUCCUGACGCCCAAUGCCAUCCCCAAAGGGUUCAUGGAUGGGAAACAAGCCUGUGAGAGAAUGAUUCAGGCUCUGGAGCUGGAUCCCAACCUGUACCGGAUUGGUCAGAGCAAGAUCUUCUUCAGGACGGGUGUUCUGGCUCAUCUGGAGGAGGAGAGAGACCUGAAGAUCACUGACAUCAUCAUCUACUUCCAGUCCGUGUGUCGUGGAUAUUUGGCACGCAAAGCUUUUGCCAAGAAGCAGCAGCAGCUGAGCGCCCUGAAGGUCCUCCAGAGGAACUGUGCCGCUUAUCUGAAGCUGCGACACUGGCAGUGGUGGAGGCUCUUCACGAAGGUGAAGCCGCUGCUGCAGGUCACCAGGCAGGAGGAGGAGCUACAGGCCAAAGAUGAGGAGCUGAUGAAAGUGAAGGAGAGACAGCUGAAGGUGGAGAACGAGCUGGUGGAGAUGGAGAGGAAACACCAGCAGCUUCUUGAGGAGAAGAACAUUCUAGCUGAGCAGCUCCACGCUGAGACGGAGCUGUUUGCUGAGGCAGAAGAGAUGAGAGUUCGUCUCCUUUCCAGGAAGCAGGAGUUAGAGGAGAUCCUCCAUGACCUGGAGUCCAGGGUGGAGGAGGAGGAGGAAAGGAGCCAGAGCCUCCAGAACGAGAAGAAGAAGAUGCAGGCUCACAUCCAGGACCUGGAGGAACAGCUGGAUGAGGAGGAAGCAGCCAGGCAGAAGCUGCAGCUGGAUAAAGUUACGGCUGAAGCAAAGAUCAAGAAGAUGGAGGAGGACAUUCUGCUCCUGGAGGACCAGAAUUCAAAGUUUCUCAAGGAGAAGAAGCUGCUGGAGGACAGAAUCACAGAGAUGACCUCUCAGCUCACAGAGGAGGAGGAGAAAGCUAAGAAUCUUGGGAAGAUUAAGAACAAGCAGGAGAUGAUGAUGGUUGAUCUGGAGGAGCGCCUGAAAAAGGAGGAGAAGACGCGGCAGGAGCUGGAGAAGGCCAAGCGUAAACUAGACGCCGAGACCACAGACCUGCAGGACCAGAUUGCUGAGCUUCAGGCGCAGGUGGAGGAGCUCAAGGUGCAGCUGACCAAAAAGGAGGAGGAGCUUCAAACAGCUCUGAUCAGGAGCGACGAGGAAGCGGCGCAGAAGAACAACGCCCUGAAGCAGGUCCGCGAGCUGCAGGCUCAGCUGGCUGAGCUCCAGGAGGAUCUGGAAUCAGAGAAAAUAAGUCGAAGCAAAGCUGAAAAACUAAAGAGGGAUCUGAGUGAGGAGCUGGAGGCUCUGAAGACGGAGCUGGAGGACACGCUGGACACGACAGCCGCCCAGCAGGAACUCCGGUCCAAGCGAGAACAAGAGGUGGCGGAGCUGAAGAAGGCCUUAGAUGAGGAGUCCAAAAACCACGAGGCUCAGAUCCAGGACAUGAGACAGAGACAUGCUCAGGUGUUGGAGGAGCUGUCUGAGCAGCUGGAGCAGGCUAAGAGGUUCAAGGCCAACCUGGAGAAGAACAAACAGUGCUUGGAGAGUGACAACAAAGAGCUGGUCUGUGAGGUAAAGAGUCUGCAGCAGACGAGGACCGAGUCUGAGUACAAGAGGAAGAAGCUGGAGGCCCAGCUGCAGGAGUUCACGGCCAGAACCACGGAGGUGGAGAGGGCCAAGGGAGAGCUGAGCGAACGCUCUCUCAAGCUGCAGACGGAGCUGGACAACGUUUCUGCUUUGGUGGAGGAAGCAGAGAAGAAGGGAGUCAAACUGGCCAAAGAAGUAGACAACCUGAACAGCAGACUGCAGGACUCCGAGGAGCUGCUCCAGGAGGAGACUCGUCAGAAGCUCAACCUCGGUGCCCUAAUUCGCCAACUGGAGACGGACAAAAGCACCCUGCUGGAGCAGCAGGAGGAGGAAGAGGAGGCGCGACGCAGCCUGGAGAAGCAGCUGCAGACGCUGCAGGCUCAGCUGUUUGAGUCCAAGAAAAGACUGGAUGAAGAUGUGGGGGUCAUCGAGAGUCUGGAGGAGGCGAAGAGGAAACUCCAGAAGGAAAUAGAGCUGACCAACCAGCAUCUGGAGGAGAAGACCAUGGCCUUGGACAAAAUGGAGAAGACCAAGAACAGGCUGCAGCAGGAGCUGGAUGACCAGAUGGUGGAGCUGGACCACCAGAGGCAGAUUGUGUCCAACCUGGAGAAGAAGCAGAAGAAGUUUGAUCAGAUGCUGGCUGAAGAGAAGACCAUCUCAGCUCGUUAUGCUGAGGAGCGUGACCGGGCCGAGGCCGAGGCCAGAGAGAAGGAGACCAAGGCUCUGUCUUUAGCUAAAGCUCUGGAGGAGGCUUUGGAGGCCAAAGAGGAGCUGGAGAGGUUUAACAAGCAGCUCCGCACUGAAAUGGAAGACCUGAUGAGCUCCAAGGAUGAUGUGGGAAAGAAUGUCCACGAACUGGAGAAGUCCAAGCGCACCCUGGAGCAACAAGUGGCUGAGAUGAGAGUGCAGCUGGAGGAGCUGGAGGAUGAGCUUCAGGCCACGGAAGAUGCUAAACUGCGUCUGGAGGUCAACAUGCAGGCGAUGAAGGCCCAGUUUGACCGAGACCUGCAGGCCAGAGACGAGCAGGGAGAGGAGAAGAAGAGGGCGCUGGUCAAACAGGUUCGUGAGAUGGAGGCUGAGCUGGAGGACGAGAGGAAGCAGAGAACUCUGGCUGUGGCCGCCAAGAAGAAGCUGGAGAUGGAUCUGAACGAGGUGGAGGGUCAGAUAGAAGCAGCCAACAAAGGAAGGGACGAAGCCAUUAAACAGCUCCGAAAACUCCAGGCUCAGAUGAAGGAUUACCAGAGGGAGCUGGAGGAGGCCAGAGCCGCCAGAGAUGAGAUCUUUACCCAGUCCAAGGAGAACGAGAAGAAGUUCAAGAACCUGGAAGCUGAAAUCCUACAACUUCAGGAGGACCACGCAGCAUCUGAGAGAGCCAGACGACAUGCUGAACAGGAGAGGGACGAGCUGGCUGACGAGAUCUCCAACAGUGCAGCGGGAAAGUCAUCUCUGCUGGAGGAGAAGAGGAGGCUUGAAGCUCGUAUUGCCCAGCUGGAGGAGGAGCUAGAGGAGGAGCAGGGUAACACAGAACUGCUCAAUGACCGCUUCAAAAAGACCAGCUUGCAGGUGGACGGCCUGAACGCUGAGCUGGCAGCAGAACGCAGCUCUGCACAGAAGAGUGAGAACGCUCGGCAGCACAUGGAGCGACAGAACAAGGAGCUGAAAGCUAAGCUAGCAGAGCUGGAAGGAGCUGUCAAGUCCAAGUUUAAGGCGUCCAUCACGGCACUGGAGGCCAAGAUCUUGCAGCUGGAGGAACAGCUGGAGCAAGAAGCCAAGGAGAGAGCAGCAGCCAACAAGAUCGUCAGACGCACCGAGAAGAAGCUGAAGGAGGUGAUGAUGCAGGUGGAGGAUGAGCGUCGCCAUGCCGACCAGUACAAAGAGCAGGUGGAGAAAGCCAACUCUCGUAUGAAGCAGCUGAAGCGUCAGCUGGAGGAGGCGGAGGAGGAGGCUACUAGAGCCAACGCCUCUCGCAGGAAGCUGCAGAGGGAGCUGGACGACGCCACCGAGGCCAUCGAGGGUCUGACCAGAGAGGUCAACUCCCUGAAGAACCGCCUCAGACGUGGAGGUCCAGUCAGCAGCUUCUCCUCCAGCCGCUCGGGCCGCCGCAACCUGAACCUGGACGGAGCCUCCGUCGACAUGUCGGACGACGACGCCGACAGCCGCGCCAGCGACUUUAACGACACCCAAGCCUCCAACGUGGAGUAAACCCCCUCCUCCCCCCCAGCUGCUUGUUUCCUCUGAUGCUCUUCAUCCCCACAAUCCUGUCCCGAUGUUCAACCACUGAUGAGAAGGUUGGAGCAGAGAGCCGUUUUAAACCUCGUCACCUCCUCUGAGCCCGGCGCGUCCGCAAGCUCUGUGUCAUAAUGUAACCCCACCCCCACCCGGUCAGACUUAAGGUUCCUGCUCUGAUCCGUGGAGCGGUUUCUUCUCAUAUCAAACAGCUGCUCUCUCUGCUUCGUGUCAGACCUCCUCACAGAAACAUCUCGAGACAUUUAAUAGAAAAAACACAAGCUGAAGUGGAAGGAAGUGUUACUGUGAAAUAAAAAGGUGUUUUAUUUUCUCCGUUGCUUCAUCUCAACCUUUUAACUGAAGGAAUGUCCGGCUCGGCUCAGCUUGUGCUCCGACUCUGGCGCUCCGGAGCCUUCUGGAUCGUCCACCACCUGGAAGCUUCCUGUGAAGGACCAGAAUGAGCUCAUCCAAGGAAAAGAUGUAACGAAGCUGCACAGAAACCGUGACCUGACCCGAUACAAGCUCUAACUGGACCGCAGACUGUGCUUAGCUCACUUUGUGUAAAUCUAAAAUCAGGUUUUACUAAUGUUUGGAGACCCAGCAGGUGAUGGGGAGUCAGCUCGGCCCAGCUGCUGUUCUGGAAGGUUCUACAAAAACCAUUAAGCACUUGGGUCAGGCGUUCGGACUGUCCCACUUUUAGAGAGAUUCAGGUCUCACUGGGCCUUUCCAUCAGCAGAGGGCGCUGUGAGUCAGAAGACUGCCCCUCUGGUCUUUUUGGUCAUUGUUGAAUUGAAUUAUGGGUAAUGUAGGAGCCUGUUUUGAUUCUUCUACUGCGCAUUCUUUUGUGUUAAAUCCUGAGUUUUCCUUUAGCCUUUACUCAGACGUUAAAAGAUUUUACAGGUUUGGGUCGGACCCUCACAACUCGUCUGGGUUUUCCAGGUCCGAUAUGAACGUGUAGCUUUGUGACUCGAAUGUACUUUGUGCCAUUAUUUAGUGAGUUCAGGCCUAAUGGAGCUCCCUGCAGGUGACCUGUUGUCUCGACACGACGUGAGUUUUAGUUUUCCUCCUGAAGUCCUGUCAUUUUGCAGCUGAACCACUACAUGAUGAAAACUGCAUGCCAGGGUGCUCACGUCAACUUUUGACCUCUACGUCUCUUUACUCAGACGCCGUUACCCCCGCAGAUUCCAACUCCCAACAGUAUGUUUCUUUAAAAGUGCCUUCGACACUAAAGAACAUCAACAGACUCCAUUACAGAUGUGGAUUAAACACAUGUUCCGCACUUCCAGCUCUUUGGUUGUACCGUUGCUGGGUUUGGCGUCAUAUCUGAUGUGUUCAGAACCUCCUGGCUGGAUCAGUAUUAACCAACAUGGGAGGGAUCUCCACCUUUAAGAUGUUUCCUCCUGAGGUUCAGAACUUCACUGCUUCUGGGCUGAAAGAUGUGCUGCACAGGAUUUCAUUUGGUUGGGAGCUUUAACAUCCAGUAGUAAAAUACCUUUUGAUUGAAUUUGUUACUGUUAUUAUUAUUACUGUUAUUAUUAUUAUUCAGCUGGCUGUUGACAACCAGGCGUCUGACUGCAGAUAUUCCAUCAUGAUACUUCCUGUAUUCCUAGAUAGUCAUUUCCUCGUUUUUCUGUUUGUUUUUGUAAAAGAAAAAUAAAGCUAAUUAAUUUUAA